AUGACCCGCCGUGUGCGUGAAGACCAGGAUGAGAAUACGCCACUUCUGCGACACCAUAACACUGAUGACGGCCAAGGGCGAUGGUCGUUAGCCCGCCGCCGGUCGUCCGCUUUCCCCUCCCUCUUCUCCCAGCCAGAGGACAAGGACGGCGAGGACUACCUCCAGCAUCAGCGCAAGAUCGACCUCUAUCUGGUCGUCUUCGUCAACGUCGUAUACAAUGUUGCCAUCGGGAUCAUGAACUCCUUCUUCGUCGAGUUGAUUCAGACUCUCUCGUGCGCGGAAUACUAUUACGACUCCUCUUCGCCAGAUUCCCGCUUUCCAACUCUUCCAACGACUGGAGAUCCUUCCGACUUGUGCUCUGUGCCCUGGGUGGAGAAAAGAACGAGCCAGAUGACUACAUAUGGUGACACCAUCAUGGGGAUCACUGGCUGUGUUGCCUCACUCGUCAUUGCCAAAGGCCUCCUCCCACGCUUCAGUCGACGUGCUGUAACCAUUGGUGCCGUUGUUGUAGCUGUGCUUCAUGCUACGACUAUGGCCUUGUUACCAACACAUUACUCUUUCGAUCCUGCAGUUGCUUCUACCUCGACCGUACAUCCUACUGUCUCACUCUACCUGCUCCUAACAACGUUGGUGGUCGGCGGACUGCUAGGUGCACCUCAGACUGCCAUGCCCGUGCUCAGUCAGGUCAUGGCUCUUGAUGUGUGCAAGGAAGACGAGAAAACGGCUGCCUUUUCCCAGGUCUUUGCAAGUAUGACGCUCGGUAUGGCCAUUUCAUCGACAGUGCUGCAGUUCUUGCCUCUGUUCAACGUUCACUUUAGCAUCCUUCACCAUACGGGGCCUUUUUCACCCUUCUACAUGGUAGUCGGCGUGCAUUUGGUGGCGCUGAUCAUUGUGAUCCUCCUAUUGCCCGAGACGAAACCAAUUCCAUCACCUCAGAACCUGUCUCGAAGGACCUCCGUUUCCAGCGACGAGGACAGCCAAGAGCACUUCGGCGGAUCAGACCGCCAAGUACUCGUUUCAUCAUCAGAUCCACCUUCAUCCACCUCCUCCGGCAUCGCCCAGUCCCUGAAGGAAAUGUUGGGCCUGUUCGGCUACCUCAUCCCCUACCAACCGCAUCCAGGAAGCAAGAGAGACUACAAGCUACCCCUCAUGCUCUGCGGCCUCGUGUUUUGCGAUACCAUCUCCAUGGUCUGGUCCAACCUUGUCGUGUUUUGCUCCACCCAUUUACACUUUGGACCUCAGGAAGUCACCAUACUUCUCGGUGUGAUUGGGGCAACCAAAGGUCUCUAUGCACUUUUCGCCUUACCUUUGAUCGUCACAUUUGUCCGCAAAACAGUCAAGAAAAAGAUCCAUGAAGAGCUCACAGCUUCAGCAUCCAUAGAGUACCUCUCAACCGAAACACGUCUAGCUAAGCGUGAAGAAUCGGUCAUUCUGACGGACAAGAUCGUCGCACUUGGCUCGCUUGCGUGCGACUGCGCGGGAUUCAUUGCGAUGGGCGUUGCUGCUUCCCAUCUCUCAGCGGCUGGUAUCUAUGGCAGCGCAUUCUUUUUGCUGUUCGGCUCAGGAGCAGUUCCUUCCAUCCAAGCACUAAACGUAGAUUUUUUCCUAGCACAAGAUCGGCCAACCGAAGACCCGGUAGCUGCUCGAGAUGCGUUUAUGGGAUUCCUUAGUCUCCUUCGGACUCUGUUGCAGACGUUUGGCCCGUUAAUCAACAAUGUGAUUUAUGGGUGGUCGGUAGAUCAUGCGAUGCCGGCAUUGGUGUUUUUCUGGACUUCGUUCAUGUCCUUCUCUUCGUUAAUGUUUGUUACUAGUGUCGGAUUCUUUGUCAAGUGA